AUAACAUUUUCCUCCUUUCGAGGUGUAUGUCUGUUUACAUAUCAUUUUUCCUGAAAUUUGCAGAAAUCUUCCAUGGCAACUGAACGUGGACAUCACAGCGAAGGGAUCGAUCGCGAUGCGUACAAUGCCGCAGUAUGCCCUGGAAAAGAAAUUGGGAUAUGUAAACUUGAAGCAGCUCUCAAUAGUACUACACCCGGAAGCAGAAAUACUCUUCUUCAUGUGGCAGCCAGUGUAGGAAAUCUACCAUUCAUUGAAAAGCUCCUGCAGCUCAAUCGUGAACUUCUGAAGACUACCAAUGCCCAAGGAAAUACUGCGUUGCACUUGGCUGCUCAGGGAGGUUUCUGUAGUGUUGUGCAGGUUCUACUCCAACAACAGCAAAAUGGUGUGAAUGUUCGCAAUAAGCUUGGAGAAACGCCUUUGUUCAAAGCUUACGAGAGCGGCGAUAUAGACACAGUGAAGUUGCUAUGUUGCGCAUAUCAGCCAAGUAUACGCCAAAAGACAGUGCGCGGACAGACCUGUUUAUAUGUGGCAAUAAACAAAGGAGAUGAAGAUCUGGUGAAGCAUGUGUUAAAUUCAGUAGAUGGAAAAGAAUUAAUCCAAGAAAAGUAUGAAGAUGGCGAUACAGCCUUGCAUGUAGCCACUCGGAAAAGCUACUUGCAUAUAAUGAGCCAGUUAAUAAAGUUUCAACCUGGAUUGUGUUAUUGGGUUAAUGGCAAUGAAGAAACACCGCUUUAUAUGGCAGUGAAAUUGGGGCAUCUGGAAGCAGUAAAAAUGUUGGUAAAGGAGAGGCCAGAUGCUGUUGAAAUACGGAAUUGUUGUGGAAUGAACGUGCUACACAUAGCUGUCCAAUUUAGCCAAAUGCGAAUUACUGAUUAUUUGAGAGAAGUGGUAGGCCUGUCAGAACUGGUGAACCAGGGUCUUGAAAGUGGAGACACGCCUCUGCAUAUUGCAGCAAAGAACAAAAGCAUUCGCAUGGUCGAAUCGCUGCUGCAAAUACAAGGUAUAAACAAAGACGCCGUUAAUAAAAAGGGCUUAACGGCCCUCGACAUUGCAAGAGAAAACACAGAGUACCACGAAUGCCACAAUAUGAUAGCAAAGCUGGCGAGCUAUCCCCUAAAGAGAAGGCAUUUCCUGUAUACCUUCCCAAACGUGAGCCCACAAAAAUACGAGAAUGCCAUUAUGCUGGUGAACAAAGCAUAUGAGGACAGGCGGAACGCAGAAUUAGUGGUGGCCGUGUUGUUAGCAACAAUGUCAUUUACAGCCGCCUUCACCAUUCCGGGCGGUUUUAAAACGGAGCUGGAGAAGGGGGAGACAGAGAAAAUGUUAGGUUCCCCUCUUCUGAUUGGGUUGGUUUCGUUUAAAGCAUUUCUCAUUUUUGACUGUCUGGCCUUCUUUCUGUCGCUCUUUGUGGUGCUCAUGUGGCAUUUGAGUACACCUCUCACCACGGGAAAUAAAGUAAUGUUCCUCUUUGUAACCAACAUCUUGGUUUGCUCCAGCUUUGGCUUCACGGCGUCCGCUUUCGUUGUUACAGUGUAUACAAUGCUUGUGCACAAGAUUAACACUUUGGCUUUCUUCGUGCUUGGCUCCUGUACCGUCAUAUGUUGUUGUGGUUUUCUCCUUCUUCUCUGUGGGAAUAUAAAGUCUGCAAUAAAGAUGGCGAGAUUCAAGCAUCUGCAUGGUGUAAUUCCUCUUGAUGAUGACCGAAUGAUAGAGUGUCUGUGGAUGAAACUGGAACGUCUGGGGUUUUUGACCGGCUGCGCCCGGAGAAAAACUAAGUACUCUAAUUGUUCUAGAAAGGGCAGGGCGAAUCUUAACAGUGGGUGUAUGGAGAAUGUUCAGAUAGAACCUCGAAAUCAUGUAAUUGUGGGACUUGACCAAAGACAAGGGAUAGAGCAUAGCUGCCAGUGGUAAGUAAUGAUUGGGAAAAAUCCUUUAACAAGUCUGAAAUUUUCCUCCUGGAGUUCUGCAGACUAAAUCUUCCCAGCAUUCAGCCAUAAGCUCAAGUAUGAAUGGAAUCCUGUAGAUUAUAUUUAAAUAUGAUUUUGUCUGUAUUCAAGUAAGUCUUGUAAGUUGAAUGCUAAUUCAUUAUUGUGAAAAUAUUGCACAGGAUAUGGUUUAAGUCCGAAAUUCCAGCU